CAUUUUUGUUGUAUAACUUUUAUAUAUUAUUGCCAAAGGAAGUUCGACUUUAAAUGUUCAAUUACACCCAAAACGUUAGUGACACAGCGGUAUGUCUGCGGACUAGACAGAAGCGACAAAAUAAGCUUAAUAUCUGAUAGCAAGAAACUUUGGUUGGAUUGUCAAUGACUGUUAGAUGUGGAUGAAUAUACACACCUUAAAAUCAAAGUUGAGCCACAGAGAAAUUUUCACAAUAAAAUAACUGUUGAAUAUGGAGGAAUGGACACACACACAAAAAUGACUACUGAUUAUGCAGUAAUGAUACAAUAAAAUAACCGUUGAAUAUGGAGGAAUGGACCAAAUGAAAUGACCAUUGAAUAUGCAGAAAUGGUACAUUAAAAUGAAUAUUGAAUAUGGAGGAAUGAACACAACAAAAUUACUAUUGAACAUACAAGAAUGGUACAUUAAAAUGAAUAUUGAAGAUGGAGAAUAAACACAACAAAAUGGCUACUGAAUAUGUAGGAAUAUUCACAAUAAAAUAAUUGUUAAAUAUGGAGGAAUGGACACUACAAAAUGGCUACUGAAUAUCCAGGAAUGGACAUAACAAAAUAGCUACUGAAGAUGCAGGAAUGUGCAUUAAGAUGAGUAUUGAAUAUGGAAGAAUGGACACAAUAAAACGUCUGAUUAUUAUGCAGGAAUGGACAUAGUAAACUUGCUAUAUUGAAUUUUGCGCAAACCAGUACUAUCUGUCCUAGUCAUCCCUAAUUUUGAAGCGAUAGAGGGACGACAAAUAGUCAACACCACCCGCCGCCAACACUUUAACUAAUGACCGUUGAAUAUGAAGGAAUGGACAAAUAACAAUGACCAUUGAAUGCCAAGGAUUAGACAUAUUAACUACCAAUUCUAGUGAGAAAGGUACUAAUAGUCAACACCACCCGCCGCCAACACUUUAACUAAUGACCGUUGAAUAUGAAGGAAUGAACACAUAACAAUGACCAUUGAAUGCCAAGGAUUAGACAUAUUAACUACCAAAUCUAGUGAGAAAGGAAUUUCAUGCCAUCGGAUCACACACUUCCAUCCCAUAACACUUUGGGACAUUUUGCUGGUUUCCAUGACAACAGUGACAAGUUAACUAUGAGGACUUUAAAAUCCGGUAUUUCCCACCGAAUUCCGUCUCCAGACAGCGCAUGUGAACAAGACUGGACAUCAACUGCCCCAGAAAGUAUCCUUUCUGAAAGAAAAUCAACAACUGAUGACAGCAACAGUGAUAUUUCGGACAGUGGUAAUCUCAUGGCCAUUAACUCAACUUCAUAUAAAGGGAAACUUUUAUCCAACAUGCAACAUAAUACUGAAAAACCAGGAUUUAACUCAGGAUUCCACCCACAAGACAGUGAUGGCGAUUCUGGGAUCGUAGCAGUUGGUUGGAGGAAAGACAGAGUCGGAUCUAUUUGUUCCACCGAGAUAGAUGACGGUCAACAUCAAUUUCAAAAGAAUCGAAGUCAGUCGAGACCUACUUCUUUGUCCACCAUGCAUUCUAUUUCUUUGAAAGACUUGUCUAACACAAGAGUCCGGUUUCAUGAAGACCUUUACCUUACUGAACAUAACAUUCGCCGGUCGUGCCGGAAACUCUUGGAGACUUUUUAUGCCCAGAAAUGUGGAGCCACGAAAUUUGGACAUUCCAAUAGCAACCGCUCCUCUUCUUCAGUUGAGACAAUGAAUCAGCUCCGUGAUAAAUCAGUGGUAGUUGGCACACACCAGCAUGAAUUGAACUCUGUCAAACAGGCCCUUACUCCUAAAACGGUGUGGUCCACUUUUAAGGAGUCCUCAAACAAUCCCGUAGAUAAUAAGCAAAACAGAUACUAUCAACGACAGCAUCUCAAUAUACCCCCUAGCGUUACUCGUUACAACAAAAACUUGACAAAAGACACUCGCCUGCCAAACAGAGAUAUUUAUACAGGACUAACAAAAUACGAUCAACUGAAGAAUUUAGGACCAAGGCUGGCAAGAACUAACACAGAAGACAAUGAACAACAGAGUUCGGAACUAAUACUGGCAAGAACCAACAAAAUAAACGAUCAAGAAAAACGUACGGGACUAACACUUGUAAGAACCAACACAAAAGAUGAUGUACAAAGAAGAUUUCAUCAUAAAAAUUCGACCAAGAACUUGAAAAUCCUAUGCACAGUUGCACAGAAUAGUGAUUUCGAUUGUAGUAAAACUUCUACAAAUUCGAACUGGAAUCCAUAUCCUUUCAAAACUUCUUUGUUUAAAAGCAGAAGUUGUGCAACUCUUCCAAGUGAAAGUAUACGCACCACUGGCUUCCCUUUUUCGGAAUCCUUACCUUAUCAAUCUCAAGAUCAGCUGGAGUUUUCUCAUCCGAAUCAUGGACGGCUUGUGUCCACUGAAAAAAACCCGAGUUUCAAUACCCUAGUUGCGAAGAAAAAGCACUCAAAUUGUGACCUUCGCGGUGAUGAUAUGAUCAGAGCAUACGCUCGUCUUGUGUCUGUAAUACCGGAAAGACUAAUAGUUCAGGAGGAAACGAUAGCUACAGAUGUUGAGUCCAAAGCUAAAAAAAAUUUGACUACUGACUCACGAUCUUCACGAAUUUCAGAAUAUGCGGACUACGCGCAAGUGCUCUCUGAAGCUGAGAACAGUGAAGGCCAAACGAACACGUGUUUCCAUUCUAAAAAUAACAGUAUCCCUAAUUCAUCUGCCCACAAAUCUUCGUUCACAACAGGCACAAAUGAUGACACUUUAAAGAAAUAUCUUCCGACUAAGAAGACUUCAGGACUACUUGUAGGAGUGAGGCCUAAGAACAAAACUGGAACAGAAAAUAACAAUACACUAAUCAGCGCCGAGUCGUCUCUUCCAAAAGACCAAGCUUUAUCCGCAAUUAAAACAGAAGAAGUUCCUGAUUAUGCAGUUAUCGAUAAGAGUAAAAAAGCCCAUCGUCCAUCGCUUCCCAGAGUUGUCAGUAACCCUUGUAUAAUAAACGCUUCAAGUGGCGCCAUCUGUGAACAACAACAGCCGCCAGUUCCUCCCAAAAAGUUCUUGCACUCCAGCGACUUUGUUCUCUAUAAAAGUUCUGCAACGUCAGGAAAGUCUAUUUUAGAGCGCAUGCAAGGCUUCACAAAGUCUGCCAGGGGCGUUUUACAGAGGGCUUUCAGCACAGAGCGUGUUUAUAAACCUGAAAAAGAAGACACAGUCCAUAAACUUCGGAGAUCACAGUCUUUCUUUAAAGGCCUGAAAAAUCGCAUGAGCAUGAGAAAUAAUAAACGUAAAACAAACAACCAAAACAAAAAACAACAUUCAAUCAGCACUCUUGAGGCUUUGGACCGCAACAGGGAAUUUCCCCCUGACCAUGUGUGGGGUCAGCUGAUUCAACUCCACCUGGACGGAUCGCAAGAAGUGGAAAUCAAUAAGCCUAACGGAAAACCUUUCGGGUUCUUUGUAGCUCGAGGGAGCAUCAAGAAUUAUAGAGGAGUCUUUGUCUCUCGGAUGAGAGAUUAUGAGACCCAGAAACUUCUCUCUGGUUUGAUCGAUAUUGGAGAUGAGAUUUUGGAGAUAGGUGGAAUUAAUGUGAGAGAAAAAGACAUUAUAGAAGUGAACAGUUUGAUGGCUAAGAAGAAUAACUUAACAUUGACCGUCUUGCCAUAUAAAAAUCGCCAGGAUGUGUAAAUCGAAUAACUUGAAGUAAACAAGUUUUUUUUAAUUUGA